CAACUGUGCUUCAAUCCGAGGACACUAACUAAAAAAUUUGCCAAGAGGAAAUGACUAGACAUAACGUUUAAUUCAAAGUAGAGAAAAACUGUUUGUUUGUAGCUUUUUCAUGAAUCAAACUAUGGGAAAAUGAAUCGGUUCUUCGAUUCCUUGCCCGGAGGAAAUGCCAAAGAAGCAUGAAAACAGCAGGUGGUUGGAUUACGUACCAAAAUAUGCCUGACAUUGACCAUAUCUCUUGUUUAAAAUUCAGGAGCCUGCCCACGAAAGGUACAAGUUAGGAGUUCAAGAGUACCCUUCAUUCCACUUCUCCAAAUAUCUCAGCCAAUAUUCUGGUGGCAUCCUCUUCGAAAUUCUAUAGAAUUUGUUUCAACAAGAAACAUGGAACAGCAAAAGGUGGUGCUGAAACUCAUGACCAUGAGUGACGAGAAGACUAAGCAAAAAGCGAUGGAGGCCAUAGCUGACAUUUACGGAGUCGAUUCGAUUGCUGUUGAUAUGAAGGAGCAGAAGAUAACGGUAACAGGUCAAAUGGAUACGGUUGCAAUUGCAAAAAAGUUGAAGAAAGUUGGAAAAAUAGACAUAGUAUCAGUUGGUCCUGCCAAAGAAGAGAAGAAAGAGGAGAAAAAAGAAGAGAAGAAGGAAGACAAAAAAGAUGACACGAAAUGACGAAACAAGCUUAGGGGCAAAUUAGUACCAGUGCCUGCAACUCUUGCGCUCCCAUAUUGAGUUUCAGGUCUCCCCAUUUCCUGAAACACUACUAGAAUAUAAAGUAACUUUGGAAUUUUUUGUUUGGGAAAGGCCCCCCCGGCGGCGGGGAUAUAGUUAUAUACUUCUUCUUUUGCCAAUCUCUCUUUAUUAUUUGUGACAGAACUAUAUAGAUGUAGUGAGAUCAACCUCCUCUGUUUGUACUCUUUCAUCUUCAUUGCUAUUGUGUGCACUUGAAGAAUUAAAAAAAAUUAAUUCCAUCUCGAA